UGGAAUCCUGGGAUUUUUGGGUCACUGUGUUUUUGGGUCUCUUGAUUGUGCAUUAUCUGAAACAGCUCUGGACCAGCCGAAACUAUCCUCCGGGUCCUUUUCAGCUCCCCCUCAUUGGAGGGAUAUUGAGGAUUGGAACUGGAUUAUCUCACAAUAUUCUCAUUAAGUUGGCUGAGGAAUAUGGAAAAAUUUACACACUGUGGUUAGGACACCAACCAAUAGUAGUAGUGUCUGGAUUUGAAGCAGUGAAAGAAGUCUUGGUUGACCAUUCGGAUGACUUCACUGGCCGACCAGUCUCUGCUUUUGUUAAAAUUGGCCUGGAAAAAAGUGUUGUCCCAGGUAUUCUAUUUUCAAGUGGCGACAUCUGGAAGCAACACAGACGAUUUGGAUUAGUGACCUUGCGGAAGAUGGGAGUGGGGAAAAAAUUAAUGGAGAGCCAAAUAGAAAUGGAGGCCAAGCAUCUAGUGGAGAGCUUUGCAUGUACAAAAGGGCAGCCUUGUGAUCCUAUGCUACCAAUCACGAAUGCAGUCUCCAAUGUGAUAUGUGCCCUGGCUUAUGGAUAUAGAUUUUCUCCUGAGGAUGAAGUAUUUAAGGAAAAGUUAAAAUCCGUGGAUUACGUAACUAAGAAUGCAACUAGUGUAUCUGCUGUUCUCUAUGAAACAUUUCCUUGGCUGAUGCAACAUCUUCCAGGUUCUCAUCAAAAACUGCUUGAGAUUUUAAAGAAGGAGAUUUCCUUUGCAAUGAUGGAGAUAGAGAAACACAGGGAACAUCAGGACAAAUAUGAACCACAGGAUAUCAUAGAUUUUUAUCUACUUCAGAUGGAGAAAAGCAAGAAUGACCCCACCUCUACCUAUAGUGAUGAUAACUUGGCUCAAUUUAUUAACGAUUUACUCAUUGCGGGGACAGAGACCAGUGCCACCAGUCUGCAAUGGGCACUUCUCUUAAUGGUGAGCUAUCCAGAUAUCCAAGACAAGGUCUACAAGGAGAUAGAAGAGGUUUUGGCUUCUUCUGAGUCAUUCUCUUAUCAAGAUCAUAAGAAACUGCCCUAUACAAAUGCUGUGAUUCAUGAGAUCCUACGUGCCAGAUAUAUCUUACUUUUUGGGCUUCCUAGAGAGUGUGUGAAGGAUGUGACGAUACGUGGAUUUCAUAUUCCAAAGGGGACAUUUAUUAUUUCAGAUCUGCGAUCUGUUCUUCUUGAUCCUGAGCACUGGGAAACACCUGAAAAAUUCAACCCUCAUCAUUUUUUAGACAAAGAUGGACAUUUUAUAGCUGGAGAUGAAUUUCUGCCAUUUGGAGCAGGCGCUCGGCUUUGUCUGGGGGACCAGUUGGCCAAAAUGGAAAUGUUCCUUUUCUUUACCCAUCUGCUGAGGAUAUUUAAAUUUCAACUUCCAGAAGGCGUGAAAGCAUUAAAUACAGAACCAAUAUUUGGGUUCACUUUACAUCCCCAUCCUUACAAAAUUUGUGCGGUUCCCCGCAGCACCUGAACAUAAAAGAGAUGGAAACCAUUUGCUAAAUACUGAACUUUUCUCUGCCUUGACUUGUUACAUUCAUUCUGGCCAGGAAUGUUGCUGGCUUUGCCAAAACUUCAAGCAAAUGCAUCAUAAGCUGUUCAUCACUGUCUGCUAGAGUUAAGCGGAACAUUCUCCUGGAAUUUCACCCUCAUUCAUAGCAGGUAAAGUGGAAAGAGGGGAGUCAUUCUUUUUUUUCUUCACAUGAGACGUAAACAGUUUGCAUUGCCAGGUAUCGUGUCAAGCAUCAUCAUCAUCAUCAUCAUCAUCAUCAUCAUCAUCAUCAUCAUUUAAUUACUUAUUAAUCGCCCUCCAUCCACGAUGCUCUAGGCGAUUUACAAGAUAAAAUUGUAAAGGAUAAAAAUACAUACAUACAAAUAUUGAUUAAAAAAUAUUAAAAUAGAUUAAAAGCUCUAGUAAAGAGCCAUGUCUUGAGUGCUAGGGUAAAAGGCCCCAACUCACGCA